AUGUCCCACCAAGCUCAAGAUUUCUCUCUUUUCAGGUCAGGGGAGGUCAUACCGCAAGCUCUCAUCGACUCACAAGCUUUUAGAUCAUGUUUUACCUACACGGACACUCAAGGAACGUCGUCAUCAUGGCUGACCACUUGCUUUGUGGAGAAUCUAAUUUUUGGCACAUGUAAUAUCAAUAAGGAUGCAAAUUCCUUCAAAACUUCCAACUUUUCACUCAAAAAUCCCAGAAGCAGAGUUGUCAUUGUCAGCUUCUUGCAUGGGAUAAGCUUCUACAACAAGACGUGGGUAAAAUAUCUUGGGGUGGAAUCUUCAUUUCAAGGUGACGAAAACCUUAGUUUUUUCGAUCUUUCAACGGCAGAGGCUCCUGUGGACAAGUUAUUCAAGCCUGUAAUUGCUGCUUUGAAGAGCUCAGCCUUACCCUGCACAUUAAUUCUGGAUCAUCCAGAACUAUACUUUUUGACAAAUCAAUGUUCUAUCAACGAAUUCAUGAGCCAAAUAUCUUAUAUCAACUCAUUGGCGAACGUACUUGUUUCGACUUUUGCUGAUGCAAAUCUGAUAGACCUGAAUGAAACAGACUCUUCAACCAUUACACAUAGACAAACUGAGUUUCUCACCAAAUUGUAUCAUAGAAGCCAGGGGAUAAUAUCGAUACGACCCUUGGAGACGGGACGAGCAGACGACGUAACAGGCACAAUAACAGUUUCGAAGGGAUCAAUAUCGUUCGAAGAUGAGGCGAAAAACUUAGAAACAAACGAGCAACAGUACUUAUACCUCGUCAACAAAGAAGGAUUUGUCAAAGUAUUUUUUAGAUAA